AUGGCCACAUAUCUCCCUGUCCAAGAAAAGGUGCUGGCCGACUACUUUGACAAAUUCGUGACCGCCAGCGAGGCAAACCAGAGCAAGCCCAUGCCUUUUAUGACCAUGUUCCGCGAGAUUAACUGUGCUCUCUCAUGUCGCACCUUCUUCGGCGACUACAUCUCUCAGGACGCCGUCAAGAGGAUCGCCGACGACUACUACCUUGCCACCGCUGCUCUCGAGCUAGUCAACGUACCCUUCUCGAUGUACAUCCCUGGAACCAAGGUGUGGCGAGGCAAGCGUGUUGCUGAUGCCGUUCAUGUCGAAUUUGCCAAGUGUGCAGCCGCAUGUAAAGCAAACAUGGCGAGUGGAGCUGCUCCGACAUGCACUGUUGAUCAUUGGGUGCUCCACAUGAUGCAGUCCAACCGUUACCGCGAGAGGAUUGCAGCAGGAGAGACAGACGUUGAGAAGCCAACUAAUCUGAUCCGCGAGUUUACCAACGAGGAGAUCGGUGAGACGCUUUUCACCUUCCUCUUUGCUUCGCAGGACGCAUCCAGCAGUGCCACGACCUGGCUGUUCCAAAUUCUUGCACAGCGCCCCGACGUACUCGACCGCCUCAGACAGGAAAAUCUCGAUGCUCGUGGCGGAGACAAGGACAAGCCGUUCGAUCAGCCUAUGCUGGAGUCGCUGACCUACACCAACGCUGUCGUCAAGGAACUCCUUCGCCACAGGCCGCCUGUCAUCUUCGUCCCUUACCUUGCGACCAAGGAUUUCCCGGUUACGCCGAAUUAUACUGUCCCAAAAGGCUCCAUGAUCAUCCCGUCCUGCUAUCCUGCCUUGCACGAUCCGCAGGUGUAUCCCGAACCAGACGUCUUCGAUCCCGAAAGAUGGAUUACUGGUGACGCCGAGUCCAAGACCAAAAAUUGGCUUGUCUUUGGAGCAGGUCCACAUGAUUGCCUUGCGAGAAGAUACGUGCCACUAUCUAUGGCCGGCAUGAUUGGCAAGGCUGCUAUGGAGCUCGACUGGAAGCACUAUGAGACCGAAUUGUCCGAGGAGAUCAAGGUAUUUGCAACUCUGUUCCCCAUGGUAAGUCUGAUCUCGUCAACUUGUGUGUCAGCUCUGGCUAACUUUCACACANNGGAUGGAUGCCCUCUAGUCUUCUCUAGGCGCUCUUGA